AGCCGACUCAUGAAUACUGAAAACCAAGUGAAUGAAAUCCUAUACCUUGCAGACUCCCAGCCUAUUCAUCCUCUGAGCCCUAUCCAAUUACCCAUAAUAUAUCAUAAGAUCUCCCAAACUGAAGUUGCUGUCUUAUGAUCUCCUUUUAUCUCUACUCCGCCUCCUCCACCACUGAACUCUCUUAAAUGACAACCACCUAUUCCAGAAACUUCUAAAGCUCCUAUUCAACCCUCACUAGCCUCCAAACUAGACCAGGCUACUGAAAGACUUAACAAAAGUCCUACCCUUCCUCCAACGAAUCUUGCCCGAUCCAAGACUUCAAAACCUAUUAAGCUCUCCCAGAUCAACGAAAUUGGAAUCCUAAAGAACUUCCAAUGCAAUGUUUACUCAAAGCGUUGUGGCCCCAAAAGGACUAAAAAGUACAUCCAAUGAAGAUACCAGAAUUGUGCUAAAAUUUUCACAAGGACUUGGAACUUCAUCGACCACGCAAGGAUGCACUUAGGAAUCAAACCUUACAGGUGAUCUCUAUGUGGAGCCCAGUUUACCCAGAAAUGCAAUCUUAACAGCCAUAUUAGCAAAAUUCAUACUGAAAGAAGAUUAAAUAACCAGUAGAAUUCUUAAUAAUCAUCAGAAUGAAAAAUUUCAAAUUGUAUAUCUCUCUUACUAAUAUUCUGAGGUAUUGGCCUUCAAGCUCAUUCUGACCCAAAAUUCAUAAGAACGCUCCCUAUCACAGUAAUCGUGAAUUAGAAGAAUAGAUAGGAUAAUACACAUCAGAAUGAAGAAUUGGGUCAGUUUAGUUCAUCAAUUUUGAUAACUUCAAAUUUCUCGGAAUUCUUCAAGCUUCUUGAUAUUUCCUUCAAAUAGCUUAUUUCAUUAAUAGCAAUGGCAGUAGGCAAGAAGUGGGGUUAAAAAGGCUAAUAAAUUUACAAUACAGAAAAGAAGAAUUCUUCCAGCCAGUCAUUUCAUAAUAGUUCUUCAUAUUUCA